UUUAGUGUCGAGACGAUGAAUAUCUAAUGACCUCGUUUGGACAAACAAUCGCCAGGGUAAUCCCAAACACAAAUCCCGUAAAAAAAACAAAAAAAACACUACAGUUCUCCUGUUCCUCGAGCGAAUCCUUCAAAAGUCAAGUUUUGUAAUUCUCUGAGUGGUAAAUACGUGUGUUUAGAGGGUAUUGAGGAGUGCGAAUUUGUGGUUUUCGAGGUUUCUCUCCUACAAGAUUGAUGCUGCUUUGUGCGAGGUUUCGCAACGUAGCAACCGAUUUAGAAACGACGAUCGCCGGUUUUUCGGCCAACUGGAGCAACAUUAUCCAGCUAACAAUUAUUCUAUGCAUCCAAGAACUCGAUCUCAAGACAAAUAAAUCAUUCAGGAACAAUUUCGAGUAAAGUUUGUGGAUAAAAUGGACCGUGAGGCCGCCGAAGGGCAAAUGAGCAGUUUAGUUAGUAACAGCUGAAGGGUUUUCGCAAAACUCGGGGGAAAUAUGGACGAAUUCGACGAAAAUGGAUGGGCCCACAUCCAUCAUGCCUCGUUUAAUGGAUACCACAAGAGUGUAUCGCGCUUUAUCAAAAAUAAAGAAGACCAACUUGAGCUAGAAACACAAGACGGGACCUCCUGCACGCCGUUCCUUCUCGCAUGCAAGAGUGGUGUCUUGGAGACAGUUCAACUUUUAGUCGAACUCGGGGCGAAUUUGAAAGCGACGAAUCGCUCUUUGCAGAGUGGGAUCGUACUAGCUGCUUUAUAUGGGCACUUGGAAGUUCUAGAGUAUUUUCUAGAACUUAAAAACGCAGACAUCGAUGUGUGGAAACAUUUGAUUAGCGGGCUGAGCGGUCAAGACAUAGAAACAGCGUGUGCUAAAUGCCUGGCUGAGCUCACUCUCGAUGGCCACUCGAACCGGCACGAUGAUUUUGUGAGGGAGGAUGGUAUCAAGGCGAUUGUGGUGUUACUUAAGAGUCAGGCCGCCAGCGAUGACGCCAAAAUGUAUGGACUGUCAAUCUUGUUGAAUCUCACUCACCAUGCUUUAGCCAAAGACCAAAUGAGUGACCUGGGUAUACCAGCAGUUAUAGGACUGCUUAAAGAGAGCAAGCGGUCAUUAUACUUACGCGCCACUAAGCUUUUGGGGGAGCUUGCCAACUCGCUGAAAAAUAAGGAGGCAAUUGCUAGUCACAACGGGGUUGACGCAUUGGUGAGUUUGCUUCAACACACAGGUGAUGAGGAGGUUGUGGACUCAGUUCUGAGGACAGUCAAGACUCUUUCAGAUUCUAACUCUGAGAUUCAAACUAUUGUUGGCAAUAACAAGACCUCAAUUAAAGCAUUAAUUGGCUUGCUAAGUGAAAUCAAAUCCAAACAUGUCCUAGCAACAGUUGCUAGGACGAUAAGUGUCAUUGUCAGACUGCACACUGCCAAUCAAGAUGGAUUUGUUUCCGAGGGUGGGAUACCGCACCUCAUGGAUUUGAUGAAGCUGAGAUCCCGCGAGUGUCAAUUUGCUGUUGUAGAGGCCCUGCAUGCGCUGUGUGAAAAAAAUGAGCAUAAUCAAAGUCUUGUGACAGAUCUUGGGAGUGUAAUGAUGUUGAUGAGACUGUUGAAGAAGUCAAGAGCAAAGGAUUUGAGGACGUUAACUGCUGGUGCACUAUGGGCCAUUGCAGGUGCUAAAAACACUCAGCGAAGAUCCAUUGCUAAUGAAAUUGGAGUGAAUAUGCUCAUAGAGUUCUUGUCUGAGAAUCUUCCACAGAGUUUACAUUUUAUCGGGUCAGAGGCCCUGGGAGUAUUAGCAGAAGGAGUUCACAAUAAAAGAAAUGAGAUCGCGCAAGCAAAUGGAGUGAUGCCGCUGGUAAGACUAUUAGCAAAAGCUUCAACACCAGGGUACAUUAUCCUUAGUGUUCUGAGGACACUACGAGCUUUGUGCAUCUGUGUGGGAUUUCGGGCCCAUCACCAGAACCAGAAAGCAGUUGGUGACGAAGGAGGGACCAAGUUUCUGGUGAGAUUUAUGGUCCAUGCUAGACAAGAGAUUAUCAAGGUGGAGUCUGCAUAUACAUUGAGUUGUGUGGCUCUUGGCAACAAUGACAUCUCGAAGGAGGUGACUGAGCAUAGAGACUUCAGCUUUAUUCAUGUUCUGCGCCUCCUGUAUGAUGAGGAUGAAGAAGUUGCAUUACUCGCAGGGGCAGCAUUAGCAGUAUUUGCAUUCAAUAAUGUCAAUAACCAGAAAGCCAUUGCUAUGUCAGGUGGAGUAAGGUACCACACAUUCUUAAAUUUCCUGGAAUCUAAAGAUCAUCGGCAAAUAGCUCAUGCUGCCUUCCAGGUCGUUGUGCUUUCACGCAUCAUACCUGAUGAGGAUCAGUCCAUGACAUGCGCCAACGGCAUCAAACUCCUAGUCUCUCUGCUUGACUCACAGUCUGAAGACACACAAACCCUGGCUGCUAAUUUUAUUGGUGGCUUGGCUCAUACCAGGGCAGGUAUACCAGGAGCCAUUAUUUCAAUAGGCACAGUGAAUUUACUGGCCAAGCUCCUGCUAUCCCCAUUUGAGACUGUCCAGGCCGCUGCGGCAGUGGCAUUAGGGUUCUUGAGUUACGACAAGGUUGGAGAGAGACAGCUUCUUAAUGUGUGCAGACACGAGCCUUUCCUGUACAAGGUGCUUCAGUUUCAUGCAGGCAAAGUCAAACUAUCACCUGACUUUGUAGAGAGAUGGCAACACUGCAAAAGAAUUGGACUCCCUCCAAUCAUCAACAAGCCUCCUAACCUCAUUGCGGGAGACAAAAAGUUGUUUUCGACGCAGUUUGAUCCUGAGCAGACCUUCACUAUAGUCAGCGGUAACACCAUGUCGCCGGCAGGUCUAGGGUCUGACGAUCUACAUGAAAGAAAGGUGUCGGCAUCCACACGGACGGGAACUAUUCUCAGACUGCCUAUAGCUUAGCAAUAGUGUUUUUCAAUAUUGCCUUCUUGCUGCACUCUACCUUAAAUACAUUAAAUUGUUAUUGUUAAUGGUAAAUCAUGCAAAAUAAUGUAUUGCCCUGUGAAAAGUUUUUGAAAUAUUUCUAUGAUUUUGGGGUGCAAGUGUAUGAAACUACAAGAUUUUUAAUUUUGUUGGCAUGAAAAAUAGCAUAUAAUUUUUAUAUAACUUACUUUAUCCUCAUAUAAAAGAAAAGCCAUAACACUUCAACACACAUGUACUGUAAAGAAAUAGGAAAAAGGUGACCACCUGAUAGGAUAGUUACAUUGUUUUAUCCAAUUUUUUAUUUAAAUAUAUUGGAAGAACAAAGUGAAGUAAUCAAAAUUUGAUUGACCAGGUGUAUAAGCAUAUGUUCUCAGUGACAAAACAGGUUUCUCAAAGAUUGGUUCAAUUUAUGAAAAUUAUAGGGAUCCUAGUAGUUUUUAAAAGAUCAACUGUUUACUUUGCUGUAUGGUACACCAAUAGGAUCACUAAAUUGUAUUAUGAUUGGAUGAUCUAAAUCUCAUUUCCCUUUUCAAAAAGACCAAUAUAAAA